AUGCCUAACUUCUUUGGACCCGACUCACUCAACUUCAUCAGCCAGCUCUUCAACAAGGAGAAUCCGAGCCCCAACAACCACAACUUCAAUACUAACAACAAUAAGUACAACAACGUAAGAAUCGCAACAGAGAGUGGUGAUUAUCUAGCUGCUUCUAGCGGUGGAGUGGUCGAUGGGGUUACUUUCGAAUACCAUGGUGACAGUGGAUUUGGACACCGCAACGGAGCAGGAACGCUUACGCCGUUCGUGUUCCAGCCUAACUUUUUACCUUCUACAACGCCGAUGACAAUGACUAACAAGGUUCCAAUGUCGGUUCAACCAUCUUACUUGCCGGUCACGAACCCUUCAUCGCAACCACCACAGCCGAUAUUCGUUCCGUCAACCACCGCACCACCUGCUUACACUCAACUUCCUGUCCAGCCACCACCUUCGCCAAUUCUACCAACUCAACCUGUUGAUGGUUACCCGCCGUCAUCCUUUGGUGGCCAUUAUGUUCAAUCUCAAAAUGUUUACACACAGGAACCACAAACGGUAAUUACACUGGUUCGUCUGUUUGUUGGAAAGAAUCAUCCUAGCAAACCUUACUACUUGAGCCAACAAACGUCAACGACGUCAGCUCCAUUGUGGUCGUUGACCAAACCGAAUCAAAUGAAAAUCUCAUUAGGAGGAAGGAAGCAGUCUGGGGUAGGAGUUCAAUGUUCUCUUAAUACCGAUUGCAUGAUUGGAGCCUAUUGUAAUGGAAACACUCGACCACCGACUUGCCAGUGUCUCUCAACACAUGUUAGCAUUGAAGAACGUUGUGAACGAGGUAAUAUAGUUGAAAAAUUUGUCUGUGAUUUUUUAUAG